GGCCCCGCGGCCCCUCUGUUCGAACGGCCCCGGAGCGGCGGGGCCGGGGCCGCCGCACCCCGCGGCCUUUGUUGGGGCCGGGCAGCCAUUUUGGGACCCCGCGGCGCGGCGCGGCGUGUCCCGGGGGCGGGCAGCGCCCGCCCGGCCUCCCCCCACGUCUGCGGCGGCCUGGGGAGGCCGAUGGGGGAGGCCGCGAGCGAAGCGCCGGAUCUCGCCGAACGCCGCGGCCCGGUGCGGCCUGUGCGCUGGGCUCGGGGUGUAUGUGUGCUUCACUGUGAGGCAGCCUGGGCUGAUUCCCGGCUCGUAAAAUGAGUCGGUGUCUUCCCGCGCGGCGUUUGGUGCUGUGUGUGUAAACAACGAACGCUACUGUUUGACCAUAGCCGAAGUAUGAUUUGAAACAGUCAACAUGGACUUUUCACGUCUACACACGUACACUCCUCCCCAUUGUCUGCCAGAGAACACUGGCUAUACAUAUGCACUCAGUUCAAGUUAUUCUUCAUCUGCUUUGGAUUUUGAGACUGAAAACAAAAUAGAUCCAGUAUUUGAUUCACCAAGAAUGUCACGGCGUAGUUUACGGUUAGCUGCUGCGGGAUUUAAUAAAUCAGAUGAUGCACGAAAUGAUACCCUUCAUGACAGCUCUUAUGCUGGAAACAUGUCCUUCGGAAUACAGUCUUCUAAGACGAUGAAGCAACGCAAAAGUAUGAAUAAACAAUCUGGCAGUGUAAGACACACGCCGAGGAAAAAUCUAUCCAGCUCUUCCAUUUUUAGCCAAAGCAGUUUCAAUAGCCAUGCCAGUGACGCGUCAAUGGUAUCCACUGUAUUGGAUGAAUCUUUGAUUCGAGAGCAGACAGAAGUUGAUCAUUUCUGGGGCCUUGAUGAUGAAGGUGACCCUAAAGGUAGUGAUACUACACUGACACAGGGAAACGGCGAUCUAGCAGCAGCAGAAAUGCAGACCACAAUGAUCAAUGGCUACACAUGCAAUGACUGCAGCAUGCUUUCGGAACGGAAGGAGGUUCUCACAGCAUACUCAGCUUCUCAUGUGCCAACUUCCAGAAUUUACUCCAGGGACAGGAGCCAGAAACAUGCAUCUAGAGGAACCUAUUUCUACACGAGUAAGAUUCUGCGAUUGGUCAAACAUGCUGCAGCAUCUUUUGCAUCACUAUUAGUACAACUAUUUCAAAUGGUUUUGCUGAAGCUGGGUUAUGAAUUUAAAGCUCACUCAGACUACUGUGGAAGCAUGAAUGUAAAGGAGUUUUACAGAGAAGAUAGCCAUCUUGGUGUAAAUGAGGAGUCAAUAUGUGAUGACUGUAAGGGGAAGAAACACCUUGAAAUACACACCACAGACCACAUGCAAUCCUCAUGGGCUAAAAGGGUAGCAAGGACCAUUUGGCACACCUUUUCUUAUGCAGGUUACUUUAUGCUUCACGUGUUGCGAAAAGUGGGAGCAACGGGAUGGCUGGUGUCUCAGAAGGUGUUGUCUCUACUUUGGCUGGCCAUUCUUUCUCCAGGGAGGGCAGCUUCUGGCUUGUUCAGGUUGCUUAGAACUGGGUGGUAUCAACUUGUUACUCUGAUGUCUUUGCUUAAGGUGUUUCUUCUUAGAAGAUGCCUUCCAAAGAUCUACAAGCUAUUACUGUUUCUUAUCCCACUCCUGUUUCUACUAGGUGUAUGGUUCUGGGGGUUUGGUGGCUUUGUUUCAUUAUUACCUGCAUUGAACUGGACAAGAAUUGAUAGAAUACAGAGAACCGAUGACUCUGUUCGGGUUCCUGAGCCACAGGCUGAUUCCUUUCACUCUGUACAACCCCCAAAGGAUACCAUAAGCAUCUUUGAUUCUGGUCGUAUAAGUGAGCUGGAAAAGCAAAUGGCCUUCGUGUCUGACAGAUGCCAUCACCAUGAUGAAGAAUAUAGCAAAGUGAUGCUUCUACUCCGUAACCUUCAAGAUCAGGUUGCCCAGAUGAGCGACAAAAGUGAAACAUUGAAGCUAAUACAAAAUGUGAUGGGUCAACACCUUAAAGAUAUGAAACUGGAGGAAAAGACUGACUUCCUGGCUUUACAUCAAGAACAUGAGUUCCGCAUCCUGACACUGGAAGACCUUCUUGCAAAACUCUCUGCUGAAUCCAAGGACAUCCAGAAGGAGCUUGACAUAGCCAAAGCAAAAACAGUGAGAGAUGAUGAUGAACAUAGUCAACUCUUGUCCAAAGUUAAAAAGCUAGAACUAGAGUUGUCACAGAUGAAAUCAGAGCUCUUAUCUGGGGAAAGUGUGAAGACAAGUUGCGAGAAAAUGGAUGUCAUUCAUGAAAAAGUGGGUGCCCAGGUCAAAGAAUCUGUCAAGCUGAUGCUUUUUGGAGAUCAACAAGAAGACACUCCUGACUCGCUUCUCCAGUGGCUUACAUCCAAUUUUGUGAGCAAAAGUGAUCUGCAGACUCUGUUGAGGGAUCUAGAGUUGCAGAUUCUCAAGAAUAUUACUCUCCAUAUGUCUGUUACAAACCAAAAACUAACAUCUGAAGUAGUAACAAAUGCGGUGACUAAUGCAGGGAUAUCUGGAAUCACAGAAGCGCAAGUACAAAUUAUUGUAAACAAUGCACUGAAACUCUACUCUCAAGACAAGAUUGGUUUGGUGGAUUUUGCCUUGGAAUCUGGAGGUGGCAGCAUUCUGAGUACUCGCUGUUCUGAAACCCAUGAGACCAAAACAGCGUUACUUAGCCUCUUUGGAGUUCCUCUGUGGUACUUCUCUCAGUCUCCCAGAGUGGUGAUACAGCCGGACAUGUAUCCAGGGAACUGCUGGGCUUUCAAAGGAUCACAGGGGUAUCUUGUAGUUAGACUGUCAAUGAAGAUCUAUCCAACUGCCUUUACUGUGGAACAUGUACCAAAAGCACUUUCGCCGGGAGGAAAUAUCACCAGUGCUCCAAGGAACUUUGCAGUAUAUGGUCUAGAUGAUGAAUAUCAAGAAGAAGGCAAGCUUCUAGGACAGUAUGUCUAUGAUCAAGAUGGAGAACCACUGCAGAUGUUUCCAGUCUUGGAGAAAAGUGAAAACGCAUUCCAAAUAGUGGAACUGAGAAUUCUUUCUAACUGGGGCCAUGCAGUAUAUACAUGCCUCUAUCGGUUCAGAGUGCAUGGGCAACCUGCCGAAUAAUCUCCGACACUACAGCUUGGGUUGGUUUUGUUGUUGUACAUUUUGUUCUGAAUUUGUAUAUACCAGAAAGCCUAGAACACUGGAAUCUUUAAAGGACGAGGAUGCAAGAUACAUACUGCAGAACUAUUGAUCCUCUGAUAAAGGCAAAAGACUGUCAGCAGAACUGUAUGAAAAAUAACUUCAUUUGCUCUAAUGCUCAGCUUGUAACUGCCAGUAGCUUUAUCUUGGUGUCCAUGCUGAGAGAAAUAAUGCAUGCGAGCUGCUCUGGUUCAUAAAGCCCAGUUGGCAAACAAGUGGCACCUAUUUUAUUACAAAUGAAUGUAUAGGGUUGGGUUUUUUUUUUUUAAAAAAGAAUAAACCACACUUUCUGCAACUAGGAAUCUGUUUUUAUUUUAUUUUUUUUUAAUCCAGGACUUAACUGCAUAAUUCUGUUAGCUGGGCACCGUAAGCCGAAAACUGUGGUACAUUUUAAACACUGACUGUGGCUGAAGGUGUCCUUCAGUUGACCCUUGGUUUUGACCUUUUUGGUGGAUCCCAAAGGGCUUCUUUGAUACUUGUUGACUGUAAUAAAUAUUACUGUCAGGGAAAGUUAACACAACCAAAACUAGUUUAAACACCAGCGACUGAGAAUGCUUUACUGUAACUUGGGCCUGUGAGUUGCUCUAAAAGUCAGGGAUAACUUUAAGUUCCUUUAAGGGGUUUUUACCAUAGCAACUUGGCUGGCUUGUUCUUCUUCAGUGUUAAUUCCAAAUCAACCUUGAUGUACUAACUGGAUCGGAGCUGAUAAGCCUGCUACAUUGUUUAGUAAACAUUGUUUAAUUGCUAUAUACUAAUCUUAAUUUGUUAGAAGUGAUCUCAUGGGGACAAGAAUUCCUUAGGCUGGUUCGUUGUUAUCCUCAGUAAAUGCUGUACUGUGAGAACACCACAGUCCAGGUGCUGCAAACCUCACUGCUCCGUGUCAGCAAGGGGACCUGUGCCCCGCACGGCUGUGGGGAAGAACAUGGUCCUUCGGGAUCAUCCCGGGAACCCUGGUCAGUGUGAGGCCAGCGGAGAGCUGGGCUGCUCCCCAAAGCAAUGCAUCCACCUUGGAGCGAGAGGAAACUGCCUGUUGCCCCCUCGGGAUUGCUGCUUCGACCACCCUUUUCAGAAAAAGAUUCCUGGAAUGUACUUGUAUGCAGAAUUUUUAUCUUGCUGUUAUAAUGCAUUUUAUAACACAUGAACUGUUAACACAUGGGACUGCUGACUGGCUUCUGAAUAGUCAUGUAUGUUGCACAACAGUCCUCGAAUGUUUAAAACAAACAAACAAAAAACUCUCCAUGUGAAGAACUCUUUUCACCUGAUCUAGAGACAGAACCUAUGGCCUACGCAGAGGAGCUACAUUACACGUGUACAGGUGUUUUCAUACUAUAGGUUACAUAUUUAAAAUUAGAGUUAUCCUGUAUAAAUUGAAAUUAGGUAGCUGGGGUGGGAAUAUUUUGAAUAACACUAACUUAUUUUUAAAAAAGCAAGAUAGGACUUUGUGCAAUGUAUUUUUGUAAAUGCUUUUCAAAACGUCUGUUAUUCUUUGCUGUCUCCAAACUGACGAGAUGCUAUUGAGAUGUUUAAAUAAAGAGUUUUAAUUUUUGGAAGUGCAUGUAAUAUUUGAAACAAGAAAUAAAGCUUUGUUUCUGUA